ACCUGUUAGAUGACUGCAUCAGUUUCACCUGCAACAGGUUAAUAGUUUAAUUUUAAGUUCCUGUUGAUUCACCAACCAUGAGUGAACCGAAAAGUGACCUACGCCACAAACUGGCUUCUCUACAGCUGGGAAGACGGAGUAUGAUGCUGCAGAACAUCUACAGAGAUGUUCAAGUUUCACAAAGAACAAAGAGCUCCGAAGAAAAGAGCCGACUGAUAAAACUUGCAGAGAGAAAUUGUUCAAAUCCAGUCGUUUUGAAGUGGCUGAGAGAAAACUCCUUCACCAAACUGGUGGAGAUGUUCAACUUCUUUAAAAAACACAUAGAUGAGGAGGAAAAGAAGGACCACAGUGAGACAGUGGACAUCACCUUCAUGGCUCAUGGAUGUAUCAGAGACUUCAUGAUCCCAGCCAGCUGCCUGCUGCCUCUGGCCUCCAUCAGGGACGUGGUUCUCUACGCUCCCUGGAACUGUGUCUCCUGCGGUUUGGGGUACGCAGUCGCCACAGGACGACUGAAGCCUCAGCAUAGAGUUUUCUACUGCUACAAGAAGGAUGGAUGUCCAGUUCCUGAUGAAAAACAUCGACCUGUGAAACUACCGGACCGCUGGAACUCAAUGAGGCAGGCAGGAGACCAGAUGAUCCCAAACAUCUCAGUUAGUCCUCUACGACCAGACGAUGGUGUUUGGAAGAACUUUGAGUCUCUCACCAAAUUACACGGUCCUGUUGGGAGAAACCGGAUCGUCAUUCCCUUCAUCCUCCCAGGAAAAGAAUCAGACAACGUCCCGUUCUCUGUGGUCACCUUGGCCCUGUCUCUGGUUCUGCUCCAGUCCAGGUUCAAAGCCACUGUCCACCUGUAUGCCUGUCUGGGAGACCAAUCUACUGGACAGAAGUUUGACAGAGAAUAUCUGGAGAAGCAGUACGCCUACGCUGUUGAUGGGACUGGAAUGAAAUGUUCUAAUAACAUCUUCAAUGUAGGAUGGAGAUAAGAUUAUGAAUAUGUUAUAUUAGUAGUUUAUUUUGUUAAUAAUAUGAUCUGUCAAUCUAAAUGUAGAAAUUAUAAUAUAUACAUGAAGUACCAGAUUUAUGUGUUUUAUGGUUAUUAGUCUGUAUUAAAAUUACACCAAAUGUUCUCAUAUCACACUGUAUGUACUAAGACAAGUGGAGCAUUAAACAUUUUGUGUAUUUGCUUCACAUCCUGCUUUAACACGUCACAGCUGCAGAAAUUAUGCAGAAAGCCGUUUUCAUCAACCCAAUCUCUGAUGUCAGAAAGUCAACAGACUCAUGUGAUGCUGUGUUGAUUCUUAUUAGACAACUGUUUGUGAUUUGCUAAUAGAUUAUAAACCAAUCACACA